AUGGACGUCCUCUCGCUUCUGAAGGAGGAAGACGACAACCCGCGCGGACGCGGCGGCGCGACCGAGGCCUCUGGCCGGGUCCACCAGGGCGCCACUCUCGACGAGGCGGCCGCGGUCGAGGCUGCGCGGCAGGAGGCAAAGGAGCGCCGGAUACCGCUGCGCGAGCAGGAGGCGGGGAUCCUGCACCUGCUGCAGGCCAAGAGCCUCUUCGCGCGGCUGCGCCUGCCCGAGCCGCACUACGACGCGGACGGCAAGCUCCUCUGGACGCCUCCCGGCGACCUCGUCCUCCGGCGCGUGUACGACGACCUCUCGCGCUGCUGCGCGCCGGACGUGUCGCAGCACCCAAAGCGCGAGGAGGGCUUCGCCAAGCUGAGCGAGGCGUACGACACCAUCUCCAACAAGAACGGGAGGCGAGACUGUCUCUGCUCGUCGCCCGGGACGUCCGGCCAUAAUCUAAUGCUUUGCAAUGAUUAA